AUGGACGAACUACUGGAUUUAAUGGACAAAGAGGAGCGUUCUCCUACAAACGAGAAUCAUCCACAGUUGAAUGACAAUGAUGAUGGCAUGGACGAACUGUUGGAUUUGAUGGAUGAUGAAUACGAAAAUGAAAACGCUGCUGCGACAUCGCAGUCACAAUCCUCUGCAUCAGCUGUACAAAGUAGUAAUCAAGCACAAGUAGUGACACCGCCACCAAAUAGCCUCGGACGACCCAAAUCUUCCACUCAGCAAAAUUCUCAACGAACGACAAAAUCCAAAUCCGUAUCGGGCAGCGUUGACAACAAGUUGGGCAUUCGAAUGAUGGAUCGACAGGUUUCCUCAGUCGAUCUGCUGGACAUGAUAUCGAUCAACCCCUAUUAUACACCAGCCGUAAUUAGCGCUAUGAAUCUGAACGCCUUGAGCCGCCUUUUGGUUGAACCUCCCAUCAACAUUGAUCCAGCAACUGUGACUGGCAAAAUGAAUAUGGUGACUGUGGGUAUUGUCUUUAGCAACACAGGUACCAAACAAACUGCAAAGGGUACAUCCUUCUGUAUCCUAGAAAUUGGAAAUUUUACCUCGGGCCCUUGUGUCACCGUCAUGUUGUUUGGAGAUGCAUACAGCAAAUAUGUUCGAACAUGUGGUAAAGGGAAGGUUGUGGCCAUUGUUAAUCCUAAUUUGUUACCUAUCCGAGAAGGAGACAAGACUCGCAUCGCGGUUACAGUCAACAAUACGAGUCAGUUCCAUCUAGUCGCCAAGGCCAUGGACUUUGGUAUCUGCAAGGGCACCACUCGAGUCAAGGGAAGCGAUGGAAAGUGGACAGCGAAUGGCAAUUGCAAAAACUGGGUCAAUAUGCAGGUCUGCGAAUUUUGUUUGCAUCAUCGCAAGCAACGAGAAAAAAAGUCGAAAACUACCAAUGCCGUUGGUGGAUCCUUGCAACAAUUACGAGCCGAAGGACAAUUGGCGGUAGCAAGCUCCCGAUUUGGAACCGCUGGCGCCAGCAAUCGUCUCACCAGUGGCCUGCAAUCGGUUCCAACACAAAUGAAAAAGACGCUGGCAGAUCAAAGGAAAAGUGUUGUCAUGCAACAAAGACAACAAGCGAGUGGGAGCAAUCGUUUCCUCAAUGGCGGCGGCACUUCCCGGCAGGUGGCAAGCAGUAGCACUUUAUCCACGCAACCACCACAAGUUGCUGCUCAAAGCGGCAACCGACUCCUCAGUGGGGGCGUCCCACGACAAAUGAGGAGUCAAAAAUUGUCCAAUGUAACAAACAGAGCGAAUCCUUAUAGCAAACAAAGCAACCUGGCGCCAACUCGAAAGCCCAAACCCAAGACUGGCAUUGUAGGAAAUGCCACCCUUCGUGGAGACGGAGACUGGUUUGAACAAGGAAGCAAACCAAAACCGGCCAAUUCCAGAUCUGGAUCCCUCGCCAAAUUGGCCAACAAGGCGGCCAAGAAGCGAAAGCUGGUCAAUACCGACGGUACUUCUGGCUUUAACGGGAGUGUCCCAGUUCCCAAACCCAGCCAACUAUUUGCUGGAGGCCAGAGACAAAUGCUUUCCAACUCCAGAGGACCCAAGAUGCCCGACCGGACCAAAUCCACCACUAGCAUCAUGGAAAGUCAAGCCAGACUUGCGAAGAUGAGGCAACUGGCAGAGGACGACAAGAAGAAACAUCUAACUGGAAAAUCCAAAACAUCAUCGAAAAAAGGUGCAUUGUCGAGUAAGGAUUCCUUCUAUGCCAAUGUCGGAGACAUUGAUUUGGAAAAGGUCAGGAAUACCAAGAGCAAAUUUGCUAGGGAAGUGGAGGCCGAGGAAUACGCCAAGAGUCGUCAAAAGGUGGUCGAAUUGGAAAAGUUGGAAGGGACCAAGAACGCCGCCAAAAAGCGUCAAGACAUCGAAACCAAGAGCUUUACCGUGGAAUACUUCUGCAAGACUUGCGGUACCCAUAGUGUAUUUCUCCCGAACAGUUGCGUGAAUGCCAAGCAUAAUGUCAAAAAGAGACGCAAAUUGGCUCAACAACAGACCAAGGAAGCCAAACGAACAAAGUUGCAUCAGAAGAGUGCGGCCGAUGGCGGAUUGCGAUUGGGUGCGGGUAACGAAUGGGCUCGCCAUAUGAAGGACUUUCAUAGUUAA